AUGGACUCUGCCAUGAGUAGCCAAUCAGUUGAAAGUGAACAAAUAAAGGGAAGAUAUUGUGCUUGGUUUCUUUUUUUUUUCUCUUGUACCCAAGAUAUAAAUAAUUUCAAACGUGAAUCUCAUGAAGUGGAAAGAAAUCUUCAGAGAUACAAUAAGAUGUCUGGAGAUGAGAAUAAGGCUCUUAGAAAAGAAAACAAGUCCCUCUGGGAUGAAAACAAAGCUUUUCUACAAGAAAAUAAAGUUUUCCGAAUGGACAACCAGUUAAUCCGGGAAAAGAACCUCAUCCUGAGACAGCAAAAUCAGGUCCUUUGGAAGUGUAAAAGUGUGAUUUUCAAGAGCCAAAAAGUAUCUGGGGAAAAAAGCAAUGCUUUAAACACAGAAGAAAAGUCUUAUUGGCAACAGAACCUAACCCUGGAGGCCCAGAUCAAGGCUCUCAAAAAGCAGGAGAAAGCCUUCCAGAAUGAGGCAAAAGCUCUUCAAGGAGAAAUCAGGUCUCUUCAGGAGGAAAUCUGGGCCUUGCAACAUCAGGAGAAAGCACUCAGGUUGGAGGAGCAGGCCCUGUUGAAGGAGGGGAUAUCACUGGAGAUGGAAAAACAGGCCCUGUGGAAAGAGGAGCAGGCCCUUCGUGAGGAGAACAAGCCUCUCAGAGAAGAAAACAGUGCUCUUCAAGAAGAAGAAAAAUCCCUUCAGGAGGAAACAAAAGUCCUUGAGUAUUGGAAUAAAAUCCUUCAGGAAAUGACAGCAAACAUGCUUGCUGAGAAAAUGCACAAUAAUGAAAUAGAGCAGGAGACAUAUGGCUUGAAGAUAUAAUCAGCCAACGAUGAAGAUCAUUGACAUUCCAGAAAAAAAAAAAAAAAGCUCAUGAAGGUAAAAUACCAUUGUUGUGAUUGGAUUCGAAGGCCUGGAAAUUUGAAGUGCUCAGUAUUUGGUCCUGAAACAAAAUAAAAUCCUGAAAUGUCUAGCAGAAAAUGGUUCUUUAAGGUUACUUAGAUUUUAGAUAACUAUUGGUAGAAAAUACUGUUUUAGAAUGCGAACAAAAAAUGUACCAAUCAAAACAUGUGGUACCACUUGGGCGAGCUAGGCUUGCCGUUUACUUUCAGAGUCAUUAAACAUUAGAGAUUCCUCUUGUAAGAAAAUAAGAGCAAAAAGUAAAUACACAUUUUAAGCUUGCUCUUAGAACU